AUGGUAGGUCAAUCUUCGUCGUCGACAACGGGCGGUACGAGCCAGCAGAGACGGGGGGGGACGCAUGGGACGGGUCAGUCGCAGCAGUCGAGACAAGAUUCGAUGUCGAUGUAUACGAAUUUCAGCCAGCAGAGGUUGUCCACUGAUUCUUCGAUCUCUAGUUUUCUGAACAUUGAUGGGCAAGGGGAGCGUGGGAGUGGAGGCGGUGGUGGUGGGGGCGGGGGCAGCGGAGGAGGCGGUGGGGGGUCGGGGACGGAGAUACCCUAUGGCAGAGGCUAUUCGAUUAUAAAUGCUUGGCCUUCGAGCCAGAACGAGCAUGGGGGAGGUGGAACGAAUGGGGGGGCGGCUGCGUUUCCUACGGGGAGGAGGACGUCUGAGCAAUUGGAGCCGUUUUCGAUGCCGCGGUUCAAGACUCCUAGCUAUUCGCAGGGGCGUUCAGGGAAUGCUGUUGGGCAUAUGCAGAUAGGUGGAGGAGGAGGAAGCGGCGGAAGUUCGGGGCGUGGUGAAUCAGUGUCAUCUUCGAAACGUAAUUCAAUAUUCUUUGGGACUUCGGAGACUGCAGAAUUGGAUUUCUUUAAUCAGGCCACGGGAGGCGGACCCGGGGGGUCAUCAGCUUCGGGUGGUCCCAGUGGGUCUAGUGGGAACAAGAUGGGGCCUCCCGUCUUGAAACCGGGCCAGGUGCCUCCUCCGGGCACGCAUCACCAGAACGAGGAUAUUGACGUGUUCUUCAACCAUUCGCUUUCGCGCAAGAAUUCUAUUAAAUUCAAUGCAGAUGACUUUGCAGAGUUCCAGUUCAAAAGACGGGACUCGUCUGUUAGAGCUACUUUGGACAAUAAUAACUAUGUACCAGGACCUCCUCCAACUAAUAUGAAUACCAAGCGGAGCGGGCAGUCUCUGAGCCCGGUCGGAAAAGACAAUGAUGAGAUGGGCAUUGACCCUGAGGUGGCUGUAGCAGAUGCGUCCGCAGUUGACGAUGUUGAAGAAACUUUAAAAAGACAUUUAUCGCCUUUGAUGGCCGGUAUCGCUAAUAGUAACAGAUCCCCAGUCCCCACGCCAAGUGGGACAACUGGUGUUGCUGUGAAUAAGCAUCCGGGUAGUAACAAUGAAAGACAGCAUGAUUCGGGAGAACCAAAAUUGAAAAGACAAAGAACUAAAAAGCUAGCUACAGCAUCAUCGUCUUCUGUAAAUUCGUCUGCCUCUACAGAUCACCAAAUGGCCGCCAAAUUGAAGGAAGCAUUGACAGCUGACGAUAAUGAUACAGCCACCUUGGAAGAGGCUAGACCUCUGUUAGGAGCAACUAAAGUCGACCAACUAAUGUUGGUUAUCCAAGCAAGGAAAAAAGGUGUUACUGAAAAAGUACCCAGGAAUGCGGAUGGGUCACUAAUGUUGGAGGAUGCGCCGUCAAUUAUCCCGCCUCCCUCGCAAUUGGUUGGUGGGGUAGAAAAGCCGAAAUCUCGAGGUGUCAAACAGCACGAAUGUCCAUACUGCCACAAGUGUUUCACCCAGUCAACACAUUUGGAAGUCCAUGUCAGAUCACACAUAGGUUAUAAACCCUUCCAAUGUGAAUAUUGCGGUAAAAGGUUUACCCAAGGUGGUAACCUAAGGACUCAUGUCCGAUUGCAUACUGGUGAAAGACCUUAUGAAUGUGACAAAUGUGGUAAGCGCUUCUCUAGAAAGGGCAAUUUAGCGGCACACAUGUUGACGCAUGAAAACCACAAACCAUUUCAAUGUAAAUUGGAUGAUUGUAACAAGUCAUUUACGCAGCUGGGAAACAUGAAAGCCCAUCAGAACAGAUUUCAUUUGCAAACUUUGAAUAGGUUAACACAGAAACUAGCAGAAAUGAAUCCAUCUGAAGAUAUGCCAUCAAAAGAACGAGAACUGUUAGAAUAUUUCGCUUCUUUGUACAAAAACAGUAAUAGAGGUAUUAAGGGUAGAGGGAAGGGAAAUACGCGGAUCGUUCCUUCUCUAGAUUCUGAGGAUGAUUCCAAAAAUUCUAGUGCUGGUCCAGUAAAUGCAGGUGUCCAACAGCGGCGGCAGCCUUACCAAGGCGUUCAACCGGGUUCAACAGCUUCUCCCGCAGACCACCUUCCUGAUCCAACCAUUGUUGCAGCCAGAGCCCUUGGUUCUCUCAAGCCUAUUGCAAAAAAGAAGUCAUUAUCUGAUUUGAACUAUAGUCUAGAAAUAGAUGAUCCGAAGGAUACUGACACCAACGAAUUUUCCUUCCAUGAGCCUGCAUUCGGUAGCAGAAGAACUGAAGAGACAACGACUAAUGCAGAGAAGAAUUCUAACGGUGAAGUCCAAUUUAAAAAUGUUUUUUCUGGUAACUAA